GGCGGUUGCCGCGGCACUGCAUACAUGCCGCCAUAAGCAGACCUGUGCGCAGGCAUGAUUUGUAAGUACGCCUCACAACCACGAACCCAGUGGUGAUAUAGUCCGUGGCAGCACAAAACACCCAACGGACCCGAAAAAAGCUCCCACGUUUGACCCGGCGCUUUUGUCCGCUUUCCAUCCCUAUUUCCUGCACACCUAAUCAUGAACGACGAGGACCGCAUCGACAUCGACGGCCCCGAUCAGCAGAUCCACACUUUGGACCACGACCACCCCAUGGAUCCGGCGGAAACACAAACAGAACCCAGCGCCGACGGGGCACCCGUGGCCGCCAAGAAAAAGCCGCGUUUCGAGGUCAAGAAAUGGACCGCCGUGGCGUUCUGGUCCUGGGACAUUGUCGUCGACACGUGCGCCAUCUGCCGCAACCACUUGAUGGAGCCUUGUAUCGAGUGUGAGCCCAACAGCAUCAACAAUUCGUCGGACCAAUGCAUUGCGGCGUGGGGCACGUGCAACCAUGCGUUCCACCUGCACUGCAUCCAGAGAUGGCUCAAAUCAAGACCGGUGUGUCCCUUGGAUAACAAGGACUGGACGUACCAGAAGUUCGGUGCGUAGAAUGUUUGUCGGGAGUUGCUGCGUCGACCGCAGGGUGUUUUUAUAUGGGUAAUCAAUAUUUCUUCUGUGGCAAUCGCGUAGAGGGGGAUUGGGCGGGGGCAGUGGGAUAUGUGCCAUGGUGCCGACACCAGGUUUCCGAGUCUGGGUGUGCUUGAACUCGUGGCCGCCGCACGUUUUGCCAGGAUGCUAUUCCGGGCAUGCCCCAACAUGAUGCCUCACAUCCCUAAAUCCAUGCUUCAAGCUGCCCACUAUAUUCGAGACAUGCGAUAGCCUGGUGCGUUGCUACAUUGCGUCCUCAUCAUGAGUACAGAUGUAUUAUGAAUGUAGAUAUAAUAUGAAUGCAGAUACAAUCAUGGAUACAGAUAUGAUAUGAAUGCAGAUAUAAUAUGAAUACAGAUAUCAUGAAUACAG